AUGAAGCUUAGCAGUUCUCGGGCACUCUCCCUGGUUGCAGCCUCCUGGUGGUUGCUGCAGGUCGCACAUGGCUACACGUGUCCGAACUAUUGCUCCAGUCGUGGCCUCUGUCUAGCGCAGGGCUUGUGUUCGUGUCCGAACGGUUGGUCCGGUCCAGACUGCUCCAUAGCUAGCUGCCCAUUGUGUGCUGCUUGGUCCGACGAGGUCAUUGCAACAGAUAACGGACACAAUCUAGCGCCUUGUUCGAAUCGCGGAGAAUGUCAACUCGACACUGGCACAUGCACGUGCGAGUCCGGGUUUACAGGAGCCGCCUGCGAGCGGAUGACCUGCAGCUGCAGUGGCCAUGGCAGCUGCAAGUCGAUGGCCAAGUAUGCGUUGAUGAAAGAUCCUGGUCGUGGAACGAUUUACCCGUACGAGAACAAUUGGGAUGCACACAAGGUCUAUGGGUGUGUUUGCGACCCUGGCUAUUCGGGCUCAAACUGCAGGGAGAGACUCUGUCCCGUAGGCGAUGACCCCCUCACAGGAACGCUGAUAGACCCGAACGGCAUUCAACAGAACGAAAAGCAACGCGUUAACUGCAAGGCCACUUCCGGUAGCUUUACGCUCACAUUUGCGGGAUACACAACCGAGCCGAUUCUAGCGGGAGAUUCGGCCAAGGCUGUGCGAGAUAAGCUGGUGGCCUUGCCUUCCGUGACUGCAGCUACCGUCACCUUUGGUGGGAUCACGUUAAUGGCCUGUACAGCGAUCGGAAACGACAUCAGCAUCGAGUUUACACAAGAUUUUGGGGACUUGCCGAAUACGAGCGGUAGCUCUGCUGGACUUAUACACUCCACUCCUUCCGCGACACCUUCACUCACGUUCACCACAGUAACUCAGGGCACCAAGGAGAAUCUACCGUGUUCAAGACGAGGCAUGUGCGAUUCCGCCACGGGGGUGUGCUUGUGCUACCCAAAUUACUUCUCAAGUGACGGUAACGGAGCCAUUGGACAGCGUGGCGACUGUGGGUUCGUUAGUGGAACUGUCACGGCUUGUCCAGGAGAGAUCGCUUGUAGUGGCAAAGGCACCUGUCGCGGCCCACCGACGUACGACUGCAUCUGUAAUGAAGGCUUCACGGGCGGUGAUUGCACCGAACGGCUCUGCCCCAAAGGGCGAGCUUGGUUUGACCGACCUACAGACACUGCUGACACGGCGCACGUUUUGGUAGAAUGCUCGAAUGCUGGCGAAUGUGACAGAACCAAGGGAGAAUGCGUCUGUUUGAGUGGUUUUACGGGUGCUGCUUGCAACCGAAUGGUGUGUCCCAACGAUUGUAGUGGCCAUGGAACGUGCUACACGAUGGAGCAGUUGGCAAAGAGAGCGACAGUCAACGGAGAAACGAUGAGCUUUACGUACGGUGCUGUCCCCAAUAAGAAGGAAACCUGGGAGCACGAUAUGAUACAAGGUUGUCUAUGCAGUUCUGGCUGGGAAGGUCAUGACUGCUCGUUGAGGUCUUGUCCAACUGGGGAUGACCCAAUGACAUUACGCCAGCAGAACGAAGUGCAGCUGUUGGUGUGCAAGGGUAGCUCAGGCUUCUUCUCGCUUAAAUUCCGAGACGCAGCGACACCUCAGCUACCCUUCACUGUACCUGCUGCUUCGCUAGCAAGUGCGUUGGAAGCUUUAACGACAGUCGGAAAAGUGUCGGUAGCUUACAGCACGGACACCAACGGAGUAACAGGCUCUUCAGCAUGUGAUGCUGCUGGGUCGAACACCAUACGCAUCGAGUUUCUGACGAAUUUCGGGGAUUUGCCACCUCUACGAUGGAUUCUAGAUGGAGCCUUGACGCUGACCCUCAGUGUUGAUGGAGUCGGAGGCUCGGUGCGUGGUACAAAAGAAGAUGCAGUAUGCUCGAAUCGCGGAUUUUGCAAUCACCUCACGGGCGUGUGUCGAUGCACGUACGGAUUCACUAGCAGCGAUGGAUUUGGUGGCGAAGGGGAUCGUGGUGAUUGCGGCUAUAUGGAGCCGAUUUACCUCACUUCUGCCGCUCAACAGGCUAACGCUCUCUAA